AUGCACUCCCAAAACUCCGCAGAGGGACCCCGCAUGCACUCCCACAACCCCGCAGAGGGACCCCGCAUGCACUCCCACAACCCCGCAGAGGGACCCCGCAUGCACUCCCACAACCCCGCAGAGGGACCCCGCAUGCACUCCCACAACCCCGCAGAGGGACCCCGCAUGCACUCCCACAACCCCGCAGAGGGACCCCGCAUGCACUCCCACAACCCCGCAGAGGGACCCCGCAUGCACUCCCACAACCCCGCAGAGGGACCCCGCAUGCACUCCCACAACCCCGCAGAGGGACCCCGCAUGCACUCCCACAACCCCGCAGAGGGACCACGCAUGCACUCCUACAACCCCGCAGAGGGACCACGCAUGCACUCCCACAACCCCGAAGAGGGACCCCGCAUGCACUCCCACAACCCCGCAGAGGGACCCCGCAUGCACUCCCACAACCCCGCAGAAGGACCCCGCAUGCACUCCCACAACCCCGCAGAGGGACCCCGCAUGCACUCCCACAACCCCGCAGAGGGACCCCGCAUGCACUCCCACAACCCCGCAGAGGGACCCCGCAUGCACUCCCACAACCCCGCAGAGGGACCCCGCAUGCACUCCCACAACCCCGCAGAGGGACCCCGCAUGCACUCCCACAACCCCGCAGAGGGACCCCGCAUGCACUCCCACAACCCCGCAGAGGGACCCCGCAUGCACUCCCACAACCCCGCAGAGGGACCCCGCAUGCACUCCCACAACCCCGCAGAGGGACCACGCAUGCACUCCCACAACCCCGCAGAGGGACCACGCAUGCACUCCCACAACCCCGAAGAGGGACCCCGCAUGCACUCCCACAACCCCGCAGAGGGACCCCACAUGCACUCCCACAACCCCGCAGAGGGACCCCGCAUGCACUCCCACAACCCCGCAGAGGGAUCCCGCAUGCACUCCCACAACCCCGUAGAGGGACCCCGCAUGCACUCCCACAACCCCGCAGAGGGACCCCGCAUGCACUCCCACAACCCCGCAGAGGGACCCCGCAUGCACCCCCACAACCCCGCAGACGGACCCCGCAUGCACUCCCACAACCCCGCAGAGGGACCCCGCAUGCACUCCCACAACCCCGCAGAGGGACCCAGCAUGCACUCCCACAACCCCGCAGAGGGACCCCGCAUGCACUCCCACAACCCCGCAGAGGGACCUCACACACACUCCUGCAUGGUGGCGUUGAAAUACCUCAUCACAUAUCUCAUCACAUACCUCAUCACAUACCUUAUCACAUACCUCAUCACAUACCUCAUCACAUACCUCAUCACAUACCUCAUCAUAUACCUCAUCACAUACCUCAUCACAUACCUCAUCACAUACCUCAUCACAUACCUCAUCACAUACCUCAUCACAUACCUCAUCACAUACCUCAUCAUAUACCUCAUCACAUACCUCAUCACAUACCUCAUCACAUACCUAAUCACAUACCUCAUCACAUACCUCGUCACAUACCUCGUCACAUACCUCGUCACAUACCUCGUCACGUACCUCAUCUCACACCCCAUCCCAUUGCACACCUCAUCCCACACCUCAACCCAUACAUGCCCGUUUCCUUGA